UGGAGCUCCCUGGUUAUGGUGUAAUAGCCUCAUUUCCCCUUGGGCUGUUCCGCCCCGGGCAACUUCUCACGAAUGCAGGGUGUUUGACGGAGCGUGAUAAAGCAGAUAUCCGCUUAUUUAUUGUUUGAUUUAUAAGGAGCAAAAUUCCAUGCUCAUGAGAGGCUGGAGCAAAAGAUGUGGGAUCUUCAGGCAGGGGGAGUGGAGUGGUCGAUAACCACCUGUAGAGCUCCAGAGCUGGGCCUCGCGUUUGCAGGAUAUAACUAAUUCAACAGUUUGAAGGCAUAAAAGUUGCUACCCGGCUGCUGUGGCUGAGUACUCUGUAACUGCUGUCUUGGGAGGUCUUCUGUGCCCUUCAAACGGACGGCCAAGCAGUCAGUCUUGGGGAGUGUUUUCAAUCAAUAAUGGUUGGUGGCCAACACCCUCCACGGGGCGAAAGGGGGGGAGGUGUUUGGUGUGUUUGGUGUGUUUGGUUGGGCUCAGCCGCAAGCAGCAGCUUCAUCAUCAUCAUCAUCAUCGUCAUCAUUCAUCGAUCAUCCCAAGCAUUAACUAUUCCGUCUUCCUUCUUGCUGUUCUGCUUUCUGCUCUCUUGCAUAUUUAAUAGUUUAUACAACUCCCCGCCACUACGCUCCUUCAUAUAAAAGAUCUAGAAUUGGGAUUCCCUUUCUUUUUGUCGUUGUGUUCAAGGACUGUUGUUGUGCUGUAGGUUAGUUAUCAAAGCUAGUUAACGCCAACACCCCCCUCCCUUCCCUUCUUCCCUUCCCUUUCUCCGCUCAAGGGUCCUUGUUUGCUUCAACCUCCCAUCUUUCUCGAAACCACCGCGCAAUUGAUUACACCACACAUUCUCCUCACUCCUCACGCUUCAAUCCUGAGAUACCGCACCCCCAUCGUUUUGCCUGCUAGAAUAUGGCUCCUGCGCCUGCGCCUCCCCCAGGCCAGAUCCUGACCGGCAAACAGGAACACUACCUCAAGCGCGAAUUGAUAUCCCUGCAAGUCCGCGCGGAAAUUGCAGAACUCAACUCCCCCACCGCCCUCCGCCGCUUCGGAGCUCCCUUCAAGUCGGAUCUCGGAGAGAUUGCGCCCAUCGAUUCAGAGCUACCCAUCCUCAGGUUCAUUUUCGUCCAUCAUGUCCGCAAGUUCCCUUUCCUCGAUCAGGCCAGGGAGAAGGAGUUUUGGCAGGACAAGCUGCAGGUGUUCCUCGAGUCCUUCGCCAACAAACACAUCUCCUCCAGCGAGGACAGGCAUGAAGUUACUAAACGGCGAAAAUUGGCGCUGAAAUGUGAGAAGCUGGUGGAGCUCAUGAUGGUCUCUGGCAUCCCCACCGCAUCUGGGUAUGAAGAACGUAUCCGCUUCUCGGAAAUGGAGGUGGUGGAUCGCGGUGCGAAUGAGCAGGGGCUGCUUGUUAAUAUUCCCGAGGGUCAUGCGAUACACGGCUGGGAUGUAAAUGUUGCCGGUGCCCGGACUACCUUAGUUAAGCGGACGGUUAGAUAUCAUCAGCAUGCGGAAUUCAUCCUCAGAGUGAGACAACACGGCAAGCCGGAUCGUUACGUUGGUCGACGAUUCGGCGAAUUCGCCAAACUUCAUAAACGUCUCCGUACCGAAAUGCCUGGUAAAAUCCUUCCGCCGCUACCAAGGAAGAACAAAAGAUCUGUUUCCUCCACCAUCCUCGGAGGCGGCGACGACGAUGCCUCAUCCAUCUCCUCCAUCUCAACUCAAGACGUCAAUUUCGCAGAUGAUUCGCGCUCCUCACGAACCCUCGGCGUCAACAACCUGGAUGACAGCCGUCGCUCUUCGUCCCGCUCAUCUUUAACCGGCAAGCUGAAAUCAAAUACGGCAACCCCACGAGCUUCAAAUGCCGAUCUUUCUUCUGAAACAACAGUAUCCCUAUAUCGUGAGGAGCAGAGAGUAUCUCUCCGCGCGUUCCUACGCACCCUGCUAAGGAACCAGCGGAUUGCGGAGUCCAAGGCGCUAGAGGAAUUCCUCACCGCGAACCCUAUCACGCUGAAUGAAGAGGAGCUUAUGGAUAUCAAACGCAGGAAGUAUUUGGAUGCGAAACGGAUUGAGGAGCAGAAACAGUUUUACGAGAUUGCGAGGAAGAGGGCGCAGGAGUUGGAUGUUUAUAUGGAACAGUUUCGGCAGGAUAUCGUUGAGAAUAAUGGCUUAACGAAGCUAUUUCAGGAGAUCCGCGCAAAACACACAGUUGAGGAGUUAAGCCCGCAGUAUCAGAAGUUUGCAGAAUGGCUUCGAAUUGAGGUUGCCGCAACGCUAUACCACCUUUUCCUAGCAGAAGACAACUCGCCCGAACUCUUCGCCCAAGCAAAAAGCAUCCACUCCUUAGUCCCCUACACGAUGAUGAAAAACGUAAUCCGCAUCACGAACCCAGCCGCCGUCAUGUCCGGCGCGCUAAACCUCUUCCUCGCGCAGCCCUUCGGCUCCCGCUCGUUACUCCAACACAUUUUCUCCCACGCCAUCCAUGACGGAAUCAAGACGUUCCAGCGCUCGAUAGACGCGCUCAGUGCCAAGAUCGACGAUCCGGUGCUUGUCAAUAAGCUGCAGGCAUUCACGGCGGCGGAUGAGGAGGUUAAGAAUGAGCUGAGGCGGGAGGCGAAGGAGGAUGAUGUUGACAUCGUGGUUACGAUUUUGAGGUCGGAGUAUUUUGAGCCGGAGCUUAAUCCUGGGCAGAUCGAGAAGGUUUUUAACUCUUAUGUUGCGUGGGUUAAUGCGGUUGAGAAUGUUGAUAUGCAGAUGCAGCAUGGAGCGCACUGGUUUGCAUACCUUAAGCAGCUGUUGAAACUGCUAACCCGACAGCGUGAUAAAGCGAUGAUGUUGAGCAUUAUCGAAGAGCCCGUCACCCUCCAGCUCUUCCGCGACCUCUUCACAAUCUUCUACGAGCCGCUCGUCCGUGUCUACAAAUCCGCCAACGUCUACAACAGCAUAACUGACUUCGCCGAAUUCGCCGACGACGCCAUCGCCGUCAUCGAACGCGCUCAGCGCCAAGACGUAUCUGCAGAUCCCAACCAGACCGUCCAGGCCUUCAUCGACCUCUGCGCCCGCCAUCAGCACAGCUUCUACAAAUUCGUCCACGAAGUCCAUCUGCACGACAAUGGCCUCUUCGACGCCCUCAUGGGCUGGCUGGAGGAUAUCUUGCACUUCCUGCGCCACGGGCCGCGCAGCGGGGGCACGUUGGAUAUGAAUGCCUUGUUCCGCGGGGCGGUUGCGGUGGGACAGAUUAAUGCCACGGUAGCAAUGAAGGAGAUUGACUCUUUGGUGAAAUGGCAUGCGGAUCGGAAGAAGUGGCAUCACGAUAAGACGCGGCAGAAGAUGGCGGCGGAGGGCUCUGGGUCGGCUGAGUCGGAGAUGCAGGUGCCGGGCAGCGCGACGUUUAGGGGGAGUGAUUUUGGGUUGGACGAGGGCGACCUUGAAGACCUCGCCAUCGAUGACCUAGCCUCGCAUACCUCCGACGAAGACUCCGCUGACGACGACCUCGACCCCAUCUCCCUUGAGCGCAAGCGCCGCUCGAGACACCAGGACCGCUUGCGCCGCACGGCAGGUGAGCCUGUUAAGCCGGAGAUCAAAGAGAUUUUGAAGCUGCGGGAGUCGUUUGGGGCGAUGUUGCGGACUGUUCUUGCCGAUUGAGGGGUGGGGAAGAACAUGGGGAUGGGGACCUUUCUGGUUCCCGUUCUUCUUUUCUUUUCUUUUCUUUUCUAUUUCUUUUCUUCUUUGUAUGCUCUCGUUUGGAUCAGGUUCCUUGUGAACCACCGGUUUGGGUAUUCGGGGUUUUUUUUUUUUUUUUUUUUUUUUUUUUUUGUUGGUUUUU